UGUCAUAUUUCUCCGAAAAGUCUGUGUGAGUGCAAUUGCAUCGAAAUUCUUGGGAGCCUUCCUUUCAAGCGUCUCCUUUACUUCUAUAAUUACUUGCGCUCUCAUACCCCUGCCAAAUCACCCAAACACUCAUGGCCAAGUUAUAUUUGUUUGCUGUUAUUCCUCUCUUUCUUCUCCGCGUCUGCUGCGGAUGUAUUGAGAAAGAAAAGGAAGCUCUUCUUCAACUCAAAGCCGGCCUAAAUUACUCUUUUCAGGACUCUACCAAUCUGCGUACGUGGGAGAAGGGAGGAGAUUGCUGCCUCUGGGAUGGCAUAACCUGCCAUAACACCACCCAUCAUGUUGUAGCUGUUCAGAUUUCUGGCUCAGUUGAAGGGGGCGUCAUAUCUGAGAGCUUGUGCACCCUCACUUUUGUUGAAACCAUAGACCUCUAUGACAAUGGAUUAACAGGUACUCUUCCUCACUGCUUAGGAAAUCUCUCUUCUCUCACACUACUAGAUCUUUCUUAUAAUCAACUCACAGGAAACAUUCCGUCCUCUCUCUCUCAUCUCUCUUCUCUAACUGAGCUCUAUCUUAAUUAUAAUCAACUCAUAGGAAACAUUCCGUCCUCUCUCUCUCAUCUCUCUUCUCUAACUGAGCUCGAUCUUUCUUAUAAUCAACUCACAGGAAACAUUCCGUCCUCUCUCUCUCAUCUCUCUUCUCUAACUGAGCUCGAUCUUUCUUAUAAUCAACUCACAGGAAACAUUCCGUCCUCUCUCUCUCAUCUCUCUUCUCUAACUGAGCUCGAUCUUUCUUAUAAUCAACUCACAGGAAACAUUCCCUCCUCUCUCUCUCAUCUCUCUUCUCUAACUGAGCUCGAUCUUUCUCAUACUCAACUCACAGGAAACAUUCCGUCCUCUCUCUCUCAUCUCUCUUCUCUAACUGAGCUCGAUCUUUCUCAUAAUCAACUCAUAGGAAACAUUCCCUCCUCUCUUGCUCAUCUCUCUUCUCUAACUAGAUUAGGACUUUUUUCAAAUCAAUUCACAGGAAACAUUCCCUCCUCUCUCUCUCAUCUCUCUUCUCUAACUGAGCUCGAUCUUUCUUAUAAUCAACUCACAGGAAACAUUCCCUUCUCUCUCUCUCAUCUCUCUUCUCUAACUGAGCUCGAUCUUUCUUAUAAUCAACUCACAGGAAACAUUCCCUCCUCUCUCUCUCAUCUCUCUUCUCUAACUGAGCUCGAUCUUUCUCAUAAUCAACUCACAGGAAACAUUCCGUCCUCUCUCUCUCAUCUCUCUUCUCUAACUGAGCUCGAUCUUUCUCAUAAUCAACUCAUAGGAAACAUUCCCUCCUCUCUUGCUCAUCUCUCUUCUCUAACUAGAUUAGGACUUUUUUCAAAUCAAUUCACAGGAAACAUUCCCUCCUCUCUCUCUCAUCUCUCUUCUCUAACUGAGCUCGAUCUUUCUUAUAAUCAACUCACAGGAAACAUUCCGUCCUCUCUCUCUCAUCUCUCUUCUCUAACUGAGCUCGAUCUUUCUUAUAAUCAACUCACAGGAAACAUUCCGUCCUCUCUCUCUCAUCUCUCUUCUCUAACUGAGCUCGAUCUUUAUUAUAAUCAACUCACAGGAAACAUUCCCUUCUCUCUCUCUCAUCUCUCUUCUCUAACUGAGCUCGAUCUUUCUUAUAAUCAACUCACAGGAAACAUUCCCUCCUCUCUCUCUCAUCUCUCUUCUCUAACUGAGCUCGAUCUUUCUCAUAAUCAACUCACAGGAAACAUUCCGUCCUCUCUCUCUCAUCUCUCUUCUCUAACUGAGCUCGAUCUUUCUCAUAAUCAACUCAUAGGAAACAUUCCCUCCUCUCUUGCUCAUCUCUCUUCUCUAACUAGAUUAGGACUUUUUUCAAAUCAAUUCACAGGAAACAUUCCCUCCUCUCUCUCUCAUCUCUCUUCUCUAACUGAGCUCGAUCUUUCUUAUAAUCAACUCACAGGAAACAUUCCAUCCUCUCUCUCUAAUCUUUCUUCACUGCGUCAUUUGGAUCUGUCUUACAACCAAUUAAAUGGAAGUCUACCCCCCUCAUUUUCAAAGCUUUCCUCCCUUACUGUCCUCCUUGCUGAGAGAAAUAGAUUCAACCAGAGUAUUGAUUCCUCUGCGUUACCCUCUUCACUUCUAAUUCUCCAUCUCACAUUAGAUGGCCAUCAGAUCAUUUCAGAGGCGUUCUUUCACAACCUUAGCAAAUUAGAGUAUCUGAGCCUGUCCAAUUGUGUAUUUAAUUCCAGCUCCACUUGGAUUCCCUCAUUGCAGUUGAGUAGGUUAUUUAUGACAUCAUGUAAGAUGAAUGGUCAAAUCCCGUCGUGGAUUUCGACUCAGUUCUCACUUGUAGAGUUGCAAUUAGCUGACUGCAAUCUUGUUGGAGAAAUUCCUCCUUGGCUACUGGAUAUGAGUCUUUACUCCAUCAAUCUCACUGCAAAUCGUCUGCAAGGUAAUUUGCUAAAUACUUCAGCACGGGUCUUGGAUGUGUCUAACAAUGCAUUAUCCGGACAUAUACCAUCAAUUUGGUCUUCCUAUAUACAAGUGUUGUUGCUCAACAAUAAUUCGCUGACAGGAAAUAUUCCUCCUAGACUACAAGAUUGUUUUUUCCUGCAAGUAUUGAAUCUAGCAAAUAAUCAUUUGAGUGGAAUCAUCCCUCCAAGCUUAGCUUAUUGUUCCCAACUUAAAGUCUUGAAUUUGGGGGAUAAUAAUCUGAGUGGAAUGAUACCGUCCGAGUUUGGUGAGCUAAGUCUGCUGCAGUCACUAUUGAUAAGGAAUAACAAGGUGAGUGGCCCAUUCCCUCCCUCCUUAUCGAACUGUUCAGAAUUAAUUAUUUUGGAUGUUGGGCAGAACUUAUUCAGAGGUCAGAUUCCAAAGUCAAUAGGCAAUUUUUCGAAGCUGCGAGUGCUUGCAAUGAGAAGGAAUAACUUUGAAGGUAGUAUUCCUGCAGAAAUUGCGCAGCUGAAACACCUUCAAAUCUUGGAUCUUUCUUCAAAUCACCUAUCAGGGCUUAUACCACGUGGCAUCCUCAGUUUACCAGCAAUGUUGGUAGAACCACACCAGGAAUUGAGCAUGAUUCCAAUAUACUUCAGACCCUUCCCGGUAGACUAUCAUCUAGUAUACUCGUAUGAAAAUGGAUUGCAUAUGAAUUCUAAAGGCAGAGAUGAGGACUACACAUACAUUUUCUCCAACAUGGUAUCCAUAGAUCUUUCUGACAAUCAAUUGAAUGGGAAUCUUCCUUCUGAUUUGGGAAAGUUGAAGGGGUUGAAGUUACUCAAUCUUUCUAUGAAUUUUCUUAAUAGUGCUAUUCCAAAUAGUAUUGUUCAAAUGACUUGGAUGGAAUCAUUAGACCUUUCUACAAAUCAUUUUUCUGGACAAAUUCCUCCAGACCUUGGUUUUUUGAGCUAUUUGGGAGUUCUCAAUUUUUCCAACAACAAUCUUUCAGGUAGUAUACCACAAGGAGGACACAUGGUAACAUUUACUGAAUCAUCUUAUUUAGGAAAUCCAAAUUUGUGGGGAUGUCCGCUUCCAAAAAAAUGCUCUUGGCCAGAAUUUGCUCCACCUCCUCCCAAUUUUACAUCUAUUAAUGAAGAAGAGCAAAGUGAGGAAAGUGUGUGGUAUGAGAUUGGAGUGGGACUUUCAUAUGGAACAGGUUUUGCAAUAGUGGUGGUGUUUAUUGUAGCAAAAAGGAAGUGGGGGCACAAAUACUUCCAAGGAGUUGAUUCGGUCUUGAAAAUUUGUUUUCCAUGGCUUAGGAAGUUGACAUUAUGAAUUCCAUGGCUUAGGAAGUUGACAUUAUGAAUGUUGUUUGUUUGUUUUGUUUUUUCUUUUCCUGUUGAAGUGAAUCAAUGUAAAUAUAUUACAAUUUC